AUGGCAACUGCCAACCCCCAAACGACCAAACGCUCCGAGCCAUUCGAUAUUGUCGCGACGUACAAUGAAUUGCUUCAUUCGGAUUCCGAUUUGACGAUGCCAAUCGCAGCCAUCGAAGCUCUAGUACUCCUCCUCACACACUCCCCUUCGUCCACGAUAUCGGAAACGCUCGACCUUCUUGAGAAAUCCACCACGCAUUUGAAGAACUCCAUCCCUAACCCUAUUGGUCUCUCUGCCGGUACCGAUUUAUUCCAGCGCUAUUUGAUUACGACACUACAAAGACCAGGACAGCUGGGACCAGCAGGCGAUUUCAAUGCUAUUAGGGCACACCUUCUUUCCAACAGUCGGCUGUUCAUUCGACGUGCAAAGGAAAGCCGAGAUAAGAUUGCUGCCUUCGGAAGGGGUUUCGUUCGCGAUGGGAGCACAGUAUUGACCAAUGGUGGGUCUAGAGUUGUCGCUUCGUUGUUGCAGCAGGCUGCCGACGAAAAGGGUGGACCAUCAGCAGUACGAUUCAAGGUGAUAUACGUUCUUUCGUCGCCAAAGGGGGAUAUUGAGAACCCUACCGCGGAGCCGGAGGGGAUGGAGACGGUGCGUGCUCUUCGGGCGAAGGGCGUCCCUGUUGCUACUAUUCCAGAGUCAGCUGUGGCAUACUCACUUGGGAAGGCGGAUGUGGUUAUCGUGGGCGCGGAGGGUGUUGUGGAGAACGGCGGCAUCGUAUCUCGAAUCGGCACCUACCAGAUUGGUCUCCUUGCGAAAGCGAUGGGAAAACCGUUCUAUGUUGUUGCCGAAAGCCACAAGUUUGUCCGAGUCUACCCGCUUGGACAAUAUGACCUACCGAUUGAACAACACGUUAUUGAUUACAAGACGCAAGAAGAUGUCGAUACUGCCAAGCAACAGAAGAGUCCGGCCAACCCUUCAAGUACACCGCUAGGCUCGAACUCCGAGUUCGACCCUGAGUUUGUUGAUUUUACGCCGCCUCAUUUGAUUUCCGCCUUGAUCACUGAUAGUGGUGUGUUAACACCGAGUGCUGUCAGUGAAGAAUUGAUCAAAAUAUGGUUCUAA